AUGUUCCGCACGCCGCAACCUGGCGACUGGGCCGCCGAAGACGAGGAUAUCUCGCCUUUACCAGCGCUUACAUUAGCUCCAGUCACACCUGCUCCCUCUUCCGGCGAAGCUUCUGUAUCUAAGCAAAGAAAUGAGCGCAGCGAUAUCGACGGGCGCAUUGAGCAGGACAUGUGCAAUAGCGAACGCCGUUUCGAAUCUGAAAGGGGACGAUCUGACCGGGACAGAAAAUAUGACCGUGGAAAGGUCAUUCGAGACCGAGGUGACUACGAUGGAGGUCGUUUCGAUCGUAGUGGGCACUAUGAUCGACAUAAUGAUCGAAGUGGCCGGUUUUAUGAUCGACACAAUGAUAGAAAUGGGCUCUCUACACGGGACAACGACAGAGAUCAAUUGAAUUUGGACAAUGAUCGUAGUAGGUUUAAUAAUCGGGAUAAUGACCGGAAUGGGCGUUUUGAACGGGAUCAUGGACGUUAUGAAGGUGGAGGACGAGCUGAUGUUUCUCACUGGGGACGCAAUGGCGAUCGUCGAAAAUCUGGCGCUCAGUAUAAUAUGCCUGUGGAACAAGGAUAUAUCGUUUCUAUAAAAGAGAGUUUUGGAUUUGUAAGUAGUUUAGACCGAGACGGUGACUUGUUUUUUCACAUUUCGGAGGCUCCAAUCGACAUACAAUUACAGGACGAAGUUGAGUAUCGAGUCAAGUACAACCAACGGUCUGACAAGGAAAUGGCGUGUCAAUUAGUAUCUCUUGCGAAAGGAACAAUUAAAACUGAAGAAGUCUCGGACGAAUGGUAUGAUGGAAUAGUGACGAAGAGUCUACUUCGUGGCGGUAGUCGUGGAUACGCUUAUAAUCGUGAUGACGAUCGUCGUCAUCGAGAAGAGUAUGGACUGAUUGAGGUAAAAAAGAGCAUAAAGGAGAGUGAAACGGAGCAGGAAGGAACGGUUGAGCAGACACAAGCGGAUGAAGAUGUGAAGAAGAAGACACUUGCAAAGCGCGAGCUUAUACGCUUUACCAGUGAAAGUUUAGCUGCAAUUAGUGUGGCUGAAGACGAGGGACACACUGAUCGAGCAAAAGUAAACUUGACCCCUCACUUUGGCGAUGAAGUACGCUUUAAGAUCGCCAGGCACCGCAAAACGGGAGGCAAACGCGCUGUGGAUCUCACUAUUACAGUGUCAGCUCGUGAAAAGCUAAAUAAGGAGGUCGAGGCUAAGCUGGCAAUGAUGACACGCGAAAUGGGCGUGGUAGACCGUGUGAAGUAUGGUGGGGGGUUUAUUAAGUGCUGCGACCGUCCGAUUGAAUUAUAUUUUUCCUUUGAUGAGCUACUUGAGGACAUUGAAAGCAGAAAUAAUAAGGAUGAUGAUUCUAAAGAUGAGCAUCACACUGGUCGCCAAGGCAAAGGUCCAUAUAUUGGUGAGGGGGAUGAAGUAUCUUUUUUUGUGUAUGAAGAACAAGAGGACGAUUCAAGGCACUCUCGACGACGAUUGAGUGCAUUGCGUGUGCAAAAGCUUCCGGCCGGCUCGGUAUCGUUUGAGCAGCUGCUGCGGUCGGACGUUGAGGGUGUGGUAAAAAAAGUUCCGAAGGAACCGAGGAACAGCCCGGAAGUUUUUGGAUCGAUUGCUAAAGAAAUUUAUCCACAAGAGAUUGUCGAAGUAGAGGAUAACGUUGACAUAUCGGAGGAAAAUAAAAAGGUGAAAAAUGGAAUUGAGGGGCAAAAGGUGGCAUUUCGUCUGUGUGAUACGGAGGAUCCGAGCUAUAUCCCUCAUAUUGACGACAAGGUUGUCUUUGACGAAGUCUUAGACAAACGGACUCGUAGGAUCAAGGCCGUGAAGGUCCGUUUUGUACAGCUUUGCCAGAAAAAUCGUGAGACUGGCGUAAUUAAUGGUAUGAAAGACGAGUUUGGAUUCAUCAAAUGUGUAGAGCGGUUUGGAGAUGCAUACUUUCGUUUUUCUGACGUUAUGGGCAUGAAUCGAAAUUUUAGUACUGGCACAGAGGUGGCUUUUGAUGUGGUGGUUGAUACCAAGUCGGACCAUGUUCGUGCGACGCGUGUGCAACUCUUGCCCAGAGGAACAGUCAAGUGGGAAGCUGUUUUAUUAGAAGGUGUAGAAGGCAAAAUUCUAGGGGUACCGGCUUCGCGUGGAGGUCACAGCUUAAAUCGUGGUGGACGCGGAGACAAGGUAAAGCACUUGCAAAAGCUUAUGCACGGCAGAAUUGGCUGUGUGGCUCCAAACAAGCAGCACUUGAUUGAUUUCUUACCCGAACUGAAACAGAAGCUUGAUGCUGUAUUCAUAACAUCAAAGGACGGGAAAGAUUCGGCUGAAGGCAAUGAAGAUCAUCCUCAUGAGAAAAAUACACUCCGGAUUGCGUUCCCCAGUACAUUGUCGAAGUUUGAACGUGCCGCAUUGCAUGAAUACAGUGAUUGGCUUGGUUUACAACACAGAAGUAUUGGCGAAGACUCGGACCGUCAUCUUGAAAUUUUUGGCAGCGACACCAUUUCCUUAGACUUCGUGAAAGAUAAACUGAUAGCAGCUCCACCAGAGAUUACAGCAACCUAUACAGAGGAUGACGUAGAUGAUGUGCGGUAUCACCCUCGUGUGGAUGAUCGCGUUAAAUUCGAUCUUGUGUUGGUGAAGCGCACUAAGCAAUUCCAGUGUAGAUCAAUCAAGUGCGUGGAAUCUACUUCAUCAAGAAGUAAUGCCGCUACUCCAAAGACAGAUGCUGUUCAAGAAGAAGGAGUUAUUGUGUCAUUAAAAUCUGAAGGAUUCGGCUUUAUUAUGCCCGUUCAGACUGUCCCGGGAGUUAUGGAAGAGAAUCUAUUUUUUCACAUUAAAGAAAUUACGACGGGACAAACGCUGGCAGAUCUGAAAGAAGGAACUGAGGUGCAAUUUACUCGUUUGUUCGAUGAAAGAAAAAAGAGGAAGCGUGCAACUGCCAUUAGCGUUGUUCCAGCAGGAACGAUCAAGACCACAGUGCGAGAAAGCGUGAGAGGUAUUGUCACGAAGGCGAGCGUCUUGCAUCGCAUUUCCAAGAAUCGAUUUGCAAAGUCAAACAGUAAAUCGAGUUCAGUCGGUCGAAUUCGACUAGCGACUACUAGCAGUACUGAUGACGACAAUGCUAGUACCGAUGCUGACGAUAAAGACAGUGAAGAGGAAGGGGGGAGAAAAGUUGCGGAGGUUGGGACUUCCCUCAACGAUACAAAUAAGCAAGUUCGAUUGAAAAAGCCCGGUAAACAGUUUUAUCAAUACUACAUUCAUGACAUUACCGAUCCAGCUGUGAUUGUGCGUGAGGGAGAUGAAGUGGAGUUUAUUCCUCAAGUGACUCCAAAAAACCUUCGUGCUGCUCAUAUUCGACUCGUAACGUCCCAUGCGAAGCAGGGUGUUGUCACGCACAUGGGAGAUCAAGGUGGUAUCAUCCGUCUCGAUGGCGAAGGCCCGGUAGUCGAGGCCCGAUUUGUCGCUCAAUCUGUGCUACGUGGUGAUACUUUGAAUGAAGGUGAUUGUGUCGAGUUUGCGUAUCUUCCAUUCGAUAUUGCAUCUAGGAACCAUAAUGUUCAAAAAGGAAGUGAAGAGAAGGAGGAAAUAGCUAAUCAAGAGAACGAGUUGGUUCGUGGUCAAGCACUGAGUAUUCUAUGCCUUUCAUCCAACCGUGCAACAACAUCACAGACUCGAGGCUCGCGAACGGUGAAUUCAACACUAAAAGAAGCAAUGCGGCAGAUUGGUGGGAACGCUAUGGUGGCAUCUCGAACAGCUAAAGGUCCAAAUGGAACGCGUGGUUUUGUCGAAGGCUGGAACACAAAAGAUGAGGAAACAAAAACAAUGGAGGAGAGUGCAGCAACAAGUCACAACGACUACAAAAUCAACAAAGAGUGA